AUGACAAGCAUCCAGCAGCAACCGCACCACAUGUAUGCCGACACAGCAAUCCGGUUCAGAGACCCGUUCCUUGUCUCCAAAAAGGACAUCACACCCUCGAAAUCCAACUUCGCCAGCUACGAGCAGUCGAGGAACGGCUGGCCAUCUCCACCUCGAAACCCGGGUGCUGCGAGGCCGCCAACACCACCACCUGAGAUGACUGGCGUACACCCAUCCGCGCGGCCGAGCUACUAUCAGCAAGAGCAUGGGCAUCACUAUGGUGACUACCCGCCUGCUCAGCAAGCGCAUAGGGCUCCUGUAGCUUCGUACCCAUCUCAAGAUGUGGUCAAAUCCGAAGUCAGCCGACCUGCUGGAGAUCACACAAAUGGCCGGGCUUCACCAGUGCGGCACCACGAAGCCAGCAAUGAUUACUCCGCUUCACGGAGAGCAUCACACGCAAAUGCCAUUGCAUUGAACUUUCAGAUACCGCGAUCCGUGAACGACAGCGGUGGCAGUCUGUCAGAGCUCGCAGCUCAGAUCACAUGCCUUUUCUGGUUCGAAUCAUCGGAUAUCCUUCAGCAGGUAGAAGACUCGACCUCACCUAUACAACCCACAAAACCGCUUUCAACAGACGCCAAGCCAACGACAGGCUUCCGAAAAUGGGUGACAACGAUCCUCUCAACUACUAUGGUUGCUCAAAAUGUGGUUCUGCUGGCUCUUCUUUUCGUCUACAGAUUGAAGAAGCUCAAUCCGUCUGUCAAAGGCAAGCCUGGGAGUGAGUACAGAUUGCUCACAGUCGCGCUGAUGCUGGGCAAUAAAUUCCUGGACGAUAACACUUAUACCAACAAGACCUGGGCUGAGGUCUCUGGGAUCAAUGUUGAAGAGGUACACAUCAUGGAGGUGGAAUUUCUCAGCAACAUGAAGUACUGCUUGUUCACCUCAGAGCAGGACUGGGCAAGAUGGCAGUCACUGCUUGGCAGGUUUGCGGCCUUCUUCGAUCGAGCAUCGAGACCACUACCACCAGCGCCUGUCCUGCCACCUGCAUCAUCACUUCACCUUCCACUGGCUUUGCCCUCUCCACCGGUCUCGAAUCAAGCUUCGCCUCCAUAUCCUCAGGAUAUGCCACAAAACAGGCACCUUUACAGUACAGCGGCGGGCCAACUUGGACCGACACCUGCUCCAUCUCCUCUGGGCAACCCUCACACAAGCAAUGGCUCAUUACCGCCUGGCAGCAGGAAGCGUAGCCAUGAGAGUGACGUUGUAGAGCCGCCUGCGAAGCGCAUGGCCAGUGGAUUUGCCGACUACACUUCGCCCCAACGAUACUCAACACUACCUCCGCAGCAUAACCAAGCGCAGCCGGUCUCUCGAUUGACUCUACCAAGCCUGGCAAUACCGACUUCACAGCCAACCAGCAAUGGAUAUUCGCACCCACCUCCGAGCCAAGGUCAUCAGCUACCACCGUUGAACAUACCAGCUCGCGCAAUGACGAUGGUCUUCCAAAAUGCGUCUGCUCCUGGUCGAGCGCCAACCCUGCCAGCGCCAGCAGGAGCUGCCACACAGUCACAAUCCCAGUCGCAAUAUGGCUCAAGGCAUCACAGUCCAUAUGGCGGGUCUGGACCGACCUCACCAAACAGCUCGAUGCCCCAAAGUGCGACUGUGCUUCACCCGACAACGCAAAUUUCACCAUCGUACUUUCUGCAGCAGAGGAACUCGCCCUACCGGCCGGUACAGAAUUUUUCGACGUUACUGCACCCACCUCCCUCAUCUGCGAUUCAGGGUCGGCCAUCCAAUGUCGAGCUCAAUCGGAUGCAAUAUCAACCACUUGGCAAGCCUACACAACACAGUGGACGCCUUCCAUACGUUGCACAAAAUCUCUGGUUGGAUGGCGCCCAGCCUCAAGAGAUGACCCCGAUCCACCAAUGGCCCGGGUUCCAGCAAAUACCAUUCCGACAAGGCCCACAGCCUCAGCAACAGGCUUAG